AAUACCCGCACUCCACCUGAAAAUUUCUUAUCGUCAUAUGACCCAUUCUUGCUGGUGGCAGUCGUGUAAGCCAUAUUUGUCAGUGGGUUCGCUAGUUCCGUAGUGUGUUGUGCACCUUUUAGACCGUUCUGACCUGUAAAUACUCCCCUAAAUAACAAAAUGUCGGCUUCUGAGACAAACCCCGUCUACGGACCCUUCUUCGGUGUAAUGGGAGCAGCCUCCGCUAUUAUUUUCAGUUCGCUGGGCGCCGCCUAUGGAACAGCGAAAUCAGGCACAGGUAUCGCCGCCAUGUCGGUGAUGAGGCCGGAACUUAUAAUGAAAUCCAUCAUUCCCGUUGUCAUGGCUGGUAUCAUCGCCAUCUAUGGUCUGGUCAUUGCGGUACUUAUCGCCGGUGUCAUUGCCGAUAGCUCCACCUAUUCACUUUUCAAGGGUUUCGUGCACUUGGGUGCCGGCCUUUCAGUAGGCUUCUCCGGUCUGGCGGCAGGAUUCGCCAUCGGCAUCGUGGGCGACGCAGGUGUGAGGGGAACAGCGCAGCAGCCAAGACUCUUCGUAGGAAUGAUCCUCAUCCUCAUUUUCGCUGAAGUAUUAGGUCUAUACGGUCUCAUCGUAGCCAUCUUCCUGUUCACCAAAUCUUAAGCCACUUCCCCGUCUACACGUACGCGUACGCAAACAGUACAGCGCCAAGCCCCUGAUCAUUUUGUUUUUAAUGUUUAAAUGUAAAAAUGAUUGUAUAAACCCGUAAGCCAUCAUGAAAGUGACCCGAGGCCGCGCGCGCGCGGUGUAAAUAUAUUUAAUUAUGAUGGGGCUAGUAUUAUCCGCAAUACCCGCGCUAUCAUUUGUAAAUAAUUUUUAGCUGGUUCCGUUGGCCGUGUCAUUUUCAUAACGGAUUACUCCUUAAUAAAUUAAUUAAUUGUAUAGUUAUCGUAGUGUUUAGGUUACCUUAUUUCUUUUAAUAUAUAAAAGUGAAGCGGCUCUAUUGAGUCUCUCGGUAUUUGAAUAAAGUUACAACAAGUAGCACAAUUUAUUAUUAUUUUUAACUUCACACGAACUGUCGUACGUCAUGUUUUUAUUUUUAUCACGUAGCGUAUACUCAACUUAGCGGCGGUUCCGCCACCAGAGGCUGACCUCUCUCUCGUACUUCUCUCCCCCUAUUCCCGCCACCAACCACCAUACGUUCCGUUCCCCGUCCCCCCUCACGUGAGUGUUGUAAAAAUUUUUUUUGCUCAUUUCAUUGUAUUUAAAAACAGAAAUUAACAGAAGAUAAAAGAUUCGAACAUUGUGCUAUAUGUUCCGCACACACAAACUCUAACUUUCCAUACAUCCCAGCGAUGGUCCGUUGCGUUGCGUCAGGCCCCCUGAAAGCAUUGUUGUAAAUACGGCAACAUAUAUGUAUUGAUGGUUUGGUGUCCAUAGUUAUAUAUACGUGUUAGCCUUCAGUGUAGUUUAGCUUCAACGGGGAACACAACUGCGGCGCCGAGCUACGAUCAGACCGACCGCAAUUGUGUUUCUUGCCUCUAGCCCGUAAGAAUGUUAUAAUAUUCCCUCUUUUUAUUUUAGUCAUAAUAAAUAUCAUCAUGUCUUGUAAAAUGCAGCACGUUAAGGCUUGGGGCGGCGUCUCCGCCCGCGGCACCCCCCGGAAGGCUCCGGUCCGUGGCGGGCGGAUACGUCGCCUAUCGUUGUAGAGUAUUAUUAUAUAAUAUGUAGAAUGGUUCUGUUGUACGAAGGGAACAGCAAAAUUAUGUUGAAAAUAAAUAAUUUGUACAUUCCAUUACAUUUCUGUUUAUCAAUUUCCGUUUUUUUUUGUCUGCUUUGCGUUCUGAGUUUGUUACGUGGCGUCACCUGCUUGGGUUUGCGUUGGGGCCCCAAAGAUACCUGACGAUUAAAUAACUAACACGAAGUCUACUAAUAUGAAGCGAAGCAAGAGGAUGGCAAAUUGGGCAGCUUAAAAGUGAGAACAAGAUCAGGAGCGGGAUAUCUCUGCAAGAAAUUUGAAAAGUAAAAAUGGAAUAAUAUUAAUUUUUAAACCUAUAACUGCUUUUUUAACAUAUAUAUUUAAAUAAAACAACAUUACUGCUAUUCAACAGUGUAAAAAAGUAAUUAAUUGUGCGAAGCUGUGAUAACCACAUAUUCUUAUCGACCCUGACAGGAAAUCAGUAUUCAGCAUCAAUCGCCCCUUUCAGUUAAUCGUCAGGUGUUUUUGGGGACCUCCGUUAGUAUUAGGUUGUUCUGUUGCAAAAUUCAGGCCUAAAAUGCCCUCUCUUUGAAUAUACUGUUGUAGAUUUUUCAAGAAAUAAAAGAUAUAGGAGCAUGUAGUAUGAAUCAGAGCUGAUAUGAUUUUUUUUUUGUCUUUUUUUGAACAAUACAACAUAUUUUGUUAACGUUAA